AGGGGGUUGGUGGGGUCUACUAGGAGGAAGAUCUUCAAACGCCAUCGUCUUGCAACCACCACAACACAACAAUUGCUCCAUCUUUCUUUCCCGUGAAUUCACAAAUUCUUUUCUUCCGCUACUCGAUUUUGGAAUUGGACCGUCAAGUACUUCCUCUUGAUUUAUUACCUCGCCAAAAGAUGGAUCGAGUGCAGAGGUUACUGAUCGAGGUUUUAAUCGAGCCCCAAAAGGGGGGCCAAUCAGUUCUCACCACAAUAAAGAUUGCGGUUCUUCCCAUAGCCAAAGUUUUUACCAUGUGCUUUCUUGGCCUUCUUAUGGCUUCCAAGUAUGUGAAUAUUUUGCCUUCUAAUGGCAGAAAGCUCUUGAAUGGGUUGGUCUUCUCACUGCUUCUCCCAUGUUUGAUAUUCUCGCAAUUGGGGCAAGCUAUAACUUUUGAAAAAAUGAUUGAAUGGUGGUUCAUUCCUGUCAAUGUGGUGAUUGCUUCUAUAACAGGAUCCAUUAUAGGUCUUGUUGUUGCGUCCAUUGUCCGACCUCCUUACCCGUACUUCAAGUUUACUAUAGUGCAAAUUGGAAUAGGGAAUAUUGGGAAUGUGCCUCUCGUCUUAAUUGCUGCAUUAUGUCGAGAUAAAUCAAACCCAUUUGGUGACACUGAUAAAUGUUCUCAAGAUGGAAAUGCCUACAUCUCAUUUGGCCAAUGGGUUGGCGCAAUUAUCCUGUACACCUAUGUUUUUCAAAUGCUUGCCCCUCCCCCUGGUGGAUAUGAUGGUGAAGAUGGAAAUAUGCCCUUGAAAAAUUCUGCGAGAAAUAGCCCCAGUGCACUUGCUAGUGAUGCUUCUCCUGAGCGACUUCCCCUGCUUGCUGAGGCAACACCAGUUUAUUCAAAUUCCACCAAUAAAGACAAGGUCAAAGAUUUUCUGAAAUAUAUUUAUGAAAAACUGAAGCUCAAGCAAAUCGUUCAACCACCAAUUAUUGCUUCGGUUGUCGCAAUAUUCAUUGGGUGUGUUCCUUUCUUAAAGAAAUUAAUAUUCACCGCAGAUGCUCCUCUGUACUUUUUUACAGACAGCUGCAUGAUUCUUGGAGAAGCAAUGAUCCCGUGUAUAUUGUUGGCUUUAGGAGGCAACCUUGUCGAUGGGCCAGGGCGAGGGAGCGCAAAAAUUGGUGCCCGGACAACUGCAGCCAUUGUUUUUGGGAGAUUGUGCUUGGUUCCUCCAACUGGACUAGGGGUUGUCAUGUUGGCUGAUAAACUGGGAUUCCUGCCCCCUGGUGACAAAAUGUUCAGAUUCGUGCUCCUACUCCAACACACGAUGCCUACUUCUGUGCUAGCAGGGGCUGUUGCCAAUCUACGAGGAUGUGGAAAGGAGGCUGCUUCCGUCCUGUUUUGGGUUCACAUUUUUGCUGUUUUCUCAAUGGCUGGUUGGAUUAUUCUUUACCUCAACAUAUUAUUUUGAGGUCUACAACUUCGACUAGUUCGUUUACUGCCCCAAUUGCGAGGAUGUAUAUGUAGAGCAGUAGAGGCACAAGUUAUCCCUGUGCAGUGUAAAUGCUUCAUUUUAUUGUACUAUUAAGCAUCCACUUUCUAUUUAAUUAUAUGAUUAAAAUUUCCAAA